AUGAGUGAAGAUAAAGAAGUUGAAGAAGUGAAGGUUGAUGAGAAAGAUAGUAGUAUGGAGAAAAAGAAGUCUAAGGAUGUGGUAACAUCCUCAACUUCUAGUGAAGCUAGAAAUCUUGAUGGACCAGUUCCUUUUCCCGGUCGAAUUGCGGAGAGAAAGUUGAAUGACAAAUUUACAAAGUUCCUAAGUGUGAUGAAGAACUUGCACAUAAACCUCCCCUUCAUUGAGGUAGUCACACAAAUUCCUUCAUACUCCAAGUUCUUGAAAGACAUUCUCACCAACAAGAAAAAGCUCAUUGAAGAGCUUAUCGCUCUUCCCCAUCAAGUGAGUGCACUUUUUCAACACAAAAUGCCCAAGAAGGCUCAGGAUCCGGGAAGCUUCACCUUGCCGGUUAAGAUUGGGAACAUGGAAGCUAGGGGUGCCUUAGCCGACCUUGGAGCAAGUGUUAGUUUGAUCCCUCUAUCCAUUGCUCAAAAGCUUAACAUUGAGAUGAUCCCCACAAGGAAAACCAUUCAAUCGGCCGACCGUUUGGUGAAGCUACCUUGUGGUGAGCUUGAAGAUGUCCCUAUUCAAGUUGGGCAUAUCUAUGUGCCUUGUGACUUUGUAGUGAUGGAUAUGGAAUAA